CAAAUAUCUUCUGCUUCGGCUAGGGUUUUUCCCAAUAUCACCACUAAUUUUCUCUUAUGCUCACAUACGCCCACUCUCACUAUUAUUCUGCCGUUAAUUGAUUGAAUCGAUUAAUGUACGCUAAGCACAACCUAUAGGUUCCGUGUUGUUUGCCCCCGAUAGUUUUUGGUUUCGGAAGUUCCAACAUUUUUUAGUGUGGUGAAAAAUGGCAACAACGAAUCCGUUUGAUCUUUUGGGCGAUGAUGAUAACGAUGACCCCAGUCAGCUCAUAGCUAAGCUACCUGCAAUGGCACCGUCCAUCAAGAAAUCUCCGGCUGGUGUUGCGGCUGCUAAGCCGGCAGCCAAGCUUCCGUCCAAGCUGCUUCCUCCUGCCCAGGCUGUACAAGAGGCGAGGAAUGGUGGUCAGAGAGGGGGGCGUUUUGGUGGACGUGGGUUUAAUCGUGAUUUUGGCGACAAUGAGAACUCUAAUGGAACUAACAAUGGAGGAUACAACAGACCUUCAGAAGAUGGAGAUGUUGACAAGUCCGAAAGAAGAGGAGGAGGGUAUAAUGGUCCACGUGGCGGAUACCGUGGUGGUCGUCGGGGUGGCUAUACAAAUGGGGGGGAUGCUGAAGGUGAACGCCCUCGGAGGGUGUUUGAACGCCGCAGCGGAACUGGUCGUGGUAAUGGGUUUAAGCGUGAAGGUGCUGGUCGUGGCAAUUGGGGAACUGCAACCGAUGAGGUUGCCUUGGAGCCUGAAGAAGCUAUGGUUGAAGGUGAAAAGAAGCUGGACUCUGAGAAGCCAGCUGUUCAGGAAGAAUCGGUUGAUGCCAAUAAGGAGAAUCCUGUUAAUGAGACGGAGGAGAAAGAGCCUGAGGAGAAGGAAAUGACACUGGAGGAGUAUGAGAAGGUUCUAGAGGAGAAGAGAAAAGCAUUGCUAGCACUGAAGUCUGAAGAGAGAAAGGUUGGAUUGGACAAAGAUCUAGCAAAAAUGCAGUUGCUAUCCAACAAAAAGAGUGAAGAGGACAUAUUUGUUAAAUUGGGUUCUGAGAAGGAUAAGCGCAAAGAGGCUGCUGACAAGGAAGACAGAGCUAGAAAGUCACUAAGCAUCAAUGAGUUUUUAAAACCGAGUGAAGGGGAAAAGUUCUACAAUCCAGGUUCAGGUGGACGUGGUAGGGGCCGUGGGCGUGGUGGUGUGUCCAGAGGCGGUGGAAACCGGAUGAUGGAUGUGGCGGCUCCUGCCAUUGAGGAUGUUGGUCAGUUCCCAUCAUUGAGUGUCAAUUAGUCUCUUGCCGACACCACCGUCCACCUCUGGCAGCCACCACCGUUGAACACUACCGCUCUUCUAACAACAAUAGUCAUCUUUCAACUCAGGGGCCGAUGUUCUAUAGUAAUUAAUUGUGAUCUCAAACACACUUGAUAAAAAAAUAAAUUAAAUAAAACAUUACAAUACUCAAUCUGAAAACAAAAAUACCAAAAAAUGGUUAUUGCUUACUUCUGGCAUGGCACGUUGAAUGCAAAGUUUCUUCUUCUUUAGGUACCGUUUGGUAGAUGGACUGCGUGGAACAGAACUGGAUUGCACUGGACAGAACAAGAUUGGACUAGACAGGACAAAUAAUUUGUAUAACAUUUAGUAAGACUGGAACAGAACAGAACAAGUUGUCUGAAACUGUUUGGUAGCAAUAGAACCGGAUAGAACUAGAUGUAAAAAUGACCCUAUUAUCCCUUUGC